GCAAAGAUACUAGUCAUGAACAGUGGCAGCGCUAGGCAACGGCGACGUCGGCAACAGCCGAAGCCGGCGCAGCCAAGGGUGUCCCACAAGAAUGUACUUAAGUCGGUCGCUAUCGGGCUCGGGUGCGGCAUGCGCGGCCGCGCGCCGCUGUGGCGGCGGCUGGGCCUGGGCGCGACCGCGCUCUUCGCCGCCGCAGCGCUCGCGGCCGCGCUUUGCUGGAACUCCAUCUUCGAGUCGGCUCUCAACUCGCAAAUAAAGCUCUCUCCACACUCCCGCGCCUACAAGGACUGGGUGGCGCCCUCGGUGCCGCUGCUGUUCGAGGUGUACCUCUUCAACUGGACCAACUCCGAGCGGUUUCCCGAAGAGGUCCCUAACUUGCAGCAGCUAGGUCCGUACCGUUUCAAGGAACGUCGGAAACACGUGAACGUCACAUUCCAUCCCUCGAACGGCUCAGUGUCGUAUCGCACGCAACGUAGCUGGUACUUCGACGAGACCAGCAAUGGCACACUGCAGGACAAUAUAACUACACUCGAUAUUAUUGUUGCUUCAGCAAUCUACAGAUCUCGCUAUUGGGGUUACUUACAACAGAAGACUUUGUCCAUGGCACUGGCGAUGUUCGGCCAUGGGAUGACCAUAUCCAGGCCAGCUCGGCAGCUGCUGUUCGAGGGUUUCGAUGACCCCCUGCUGGAUAUGGCCAAGAAUUUGCCGGCGAGCGCCACUGGCGGCGCACCCCCGGUUGACAGAUUUGGACUAUUUUAUGGGAGGAACAACUCAAUGGACACGGAAGGUCUGGUGGAAGUGACGACAGGAGAGCGGAGUGGGACCCUGCCGGGGCAAAUCCUGAGGUGGGACCAUCACGAGACUCUGCCGUGGUAUGAAGGAGAAUGUGCCAAGAUAACAGGCAGCGGGGGCGAGUUCAUGCCCCACAACCUCACUGAAGAUGAACCGCUCACCAUCUUCAUGCCGGACCUGUGCCGCACGGUGCACAUGGAGUACGAGGACAGUGGGCACAUCGGUGGCCUGCCCUACAACAAGUACGCCAUGACGGAGAUCAGCUUCGACAACUCGUCGAGAUCGCCGCUGAACUCGUGUUUCUGCAACGGCGAGUGCGGCUGGAGCGGGCUGAUGAACGUGUCAGCGUGCCGCUUCGGCAGCCCGUCCUUCCUGUCACUGCCACACUUCCUGCACGGCGACCCGGCGCUGCUCGAUAGUGUCCGUGGCCUCGAACCCAACCCCGACCUUCACUCCUUCUACUUCGCUGUGGAGCCGCGGCUAGGCGUCCCCCUCGACGUGGCGGGAAGAUUCCAGUUCAACGUGUUUAUUGAACCUAAUCCUUAUAUUGCUCUCUACGAAAAGGUGCCGAAAAUGAUGUUCCCAAUAUUCUGGGUGGAGCAGCGAGUGACGGUCGACGAGGCUGUUCUCUCGGAGCUGCGCACCGUGCGCGCCAUCUUGGACUGGGGCGGCAUGGUGUGCGCGUGCGCAGCCAUCCUGUUCGCGAGCAUCGUCACCGCGGCCACGUGCUGCGCCAAGAAAUCUCACUACACCAAGCCUCACGACAUGAUCAUGUCGGAGAAGCCCAAGGAUGAAGCCGAGAUCAAAUUGAACUCUAUGUAUGUCACCAAUUUGCUUAUUCGCGACAAUCAGACGGCAAUUGAAGCGAUUGGAAGAUUGUCCAAUCUCAGGUAUCCUGAGCAUUGUUUGUGCCGACCCUGGCGCGCGACGCACCACACCGCGCCGCACCACACCACAGGAAACAUGCUCGCGGUGCUACUUGCUUUUGCUGUUUCAGCACCUCUGGUGUACACGGCCGAUGAAGAAAUAAUGAAGAAUCUAUCCCUCUUAACAUGGGCGCACGCAGUCAACAACAAGACAUACUUGGAAGCAGCUUUAGCAAGCGAAGUCUCCAUGCUAGAAGCAGACGUCGUCCUGGGCCACGUGACGGGUAAAGAUGGCCCUCCCAUCCCGAUCAUGGCGCACCCUCCGGCCACAACCUCCGACCUCACCCUCGCGGACUUCCUCACGGCUGUGGUUCAGUAUAACAACUUGAACGCGAAGCAGAAGGGAGUGAAACUGGACUUUAAGAGCAUCGAGGCCUUUGAGAAGUCCCAAGAGAUUAUAGCUCGGUUCAGCAAACCUGAGGUAACCUUCCCACUGUGGCUGAACGCGGACAUCCUCCCCGGACCGAUAAAGGCGAGCACCAAGCCCGUGGACCCGGACAAGUUCCUUGAACUGGCAUCCAAACACCCCCGUGCGGUGCUGUCUCUAGGCUGGACCACGGAGCUGUCCCGGAACAAUACCGAAGGGGAAUACAACAGAGAUCAAAUUGGUGCUAUGCUGCGCUUGCUGAACGACCAUCGAAUCAACCAGACUGUCACUUUUCCUGUUCGCGCAGGUCUCGCAUCCAACAGCCAGCCGGUUGUCUUGGACCUUCUCCGAGAGUCCAAAGCCAUGAACUCGUCGAUGACCGUGUGGGCCAGUGAGGGAGACCCCAUCGAGGUGGAGCGGCUGCGCGCCCUCAUCCUCACCGUCGGGCUGGAGAGGACCUACCUGGACGUGCCGGCCGAUGUCGCCACCAGCCUCAAGCUGCCCACCCCUGGGCUUAACGCUAAACAAUAAAUAUGCCUAUUAUAUUUAUUUAAUGUUUAAA